AUGUUGGCCUCGCGAUUCCUUCGAAAUGGCUCCAAGUAUGUCGCCAAAUCGCAAUUUCGAUCGGCUUCGAAGAAAGUGGAGGAUUCGAAAAGUUUUGUGAUGAAUCUCUUCCGAGGUCGGACUGUCACCGAGCACGUCUUCCCGUAUCCGCUUAAUUUGGAUGCUGAUCGGAGGGAAACAUUAAAUUUGAUUUUGGGGCCUACGCAACAAUUUUUGGAGGGUGUUAACGAUCCUUUCAAGUAAGUUUUUUGCUUUUUUAAAUGUUUUGUUUACAUGAUCGCACAAAUAGCUCAAUUUAAGCUUUUUUUUAUUUAUAUUUAUUAUACAUUAAUAUUUUCAGGAACGAUGAGAAGGCGGAGAUUCCCAUGGAACAGCUCAAAAAAUUUGCUGAGCUUGGUGCUUUUGGGGCAGUGGUUCCCGAAGAGUAUGAAGGAGCCGGCCUGGUGAACGCACAAAUGGCCAGACUGGCCGAGAUCGUUGGAGGGAACGAUCUUGGACUGGGAGUGGUUAUGGGCGCCCAUCAAUCCAUUGGAUACAAGGGAAUAUUGUUAUUCGGAACCCCCGAACAAAAGAAAAAAUAUCUUCCAGAUGUGGCCACAGCAAGGAAGUUUGCCGCUUUCUGUCUGACAGAGCCCUCUUCUGGGUCUGAUGCUAACGUGAGUUAAACCUGGUUGAUGCAAUGUUGAUGUUUAGUCGAUUAAGACAAAGGCUGUCAAGUCGGAUGAUGGAAAACAUUACAUUUUGAAUGGCGGAAAGAUUUGGAUCAGUAAUGGUGGAUUUGCCGAUGUUUUCACUGUUUUUGCGCAGGUUAGUUUUAUAAUGUUUUUACGCAAGGUUUACUUUUUUAUUUUUUUUUAUUUUUCAGACUCCAGUCAAACAAGCCGAUGGAUCGGUGAAGGAUAAGGUGUCGGCUUUUAUUGUGGAACGUGGAUUUGGAGGAGUUACUAACAGUCCCCCAGAGAAGAAGAUGGGAAUAAAGGGAUCUAAUACCGCUGAAGUCCACUUUGAUAACACUAAGAUUCCGGUGGAGAAUUUGCUUGGCCAAGAGGGAGAAGGUUUCAAAGUAGCCAUGAACAUCCUCAACAAUGGUCGCUUCGGCAUUCCUGCAGCCAUGACAGGAUGCAUGAGAUGGUGUAUUCAGAAGACUGUCGAUCAUGUUAACAGUCGAGUUCAGUUCGGGAAAACAAUUAAAGAAUUUGGCAAUGUUCAAGAGAAGUUGGUUGACAUGGUGCAGAGAGUGUACGCAACCGAGAGUGUUGUCUAUAUGCUGGCGUCUAACAUGGACAGAGGAGUUUCUGAUUACCAGUUGGAAGCAGCAAUUGGAAAAGUUAUGUCAUCAGUAAGUUGAACAUCAGAUUAAGUUUAUUGAUGUUUAGGAGAAUGCGUGGCAUGUUUGUGAUGAUGCUAUCCAGUUGUAUGGUGGAAUGGGAUUCAUGAGAGAGACUGGAUUGGAGAGAGUCCUCAGAGACAUCAGAAUUUUCAGGAUCUUUGAAGGAGCCAAUGACGUCAUGAGACUUUUUGUGGCCUUGACUGGGAUUCAGGUAAAUUUCGAUUAUGAUUGUGUAUUUAUUUACUCCUUGUAACGAGUGACAAUUUAGCAUGCUGGGAAACAUCUCCAACAAACAGCCAAGGAGAUCAAGAAGGGAGGAAUCGGUACUUUAUUCGGAGAAUUGAAGAGGAGAACCGUUGGGUGAGUAAUGUUGUAAUAUAUGUUGAUGUGAGAUCUACAGUAUCGGGAUAAUUUUUGAUUUGUUUAGUGGUGAUCUCGAUUUUUCAUCUUCUGUUCAUUCCUCUCUCCAGAAUGAGGCCAAAGGUCUUUCGACCAGCAUCUCUCUCUUUGGGAAGACUGUAGAACAACUGCUUCUUAAACACAAAAGGGGAAUCAUCGGUAGGUCCAUGUUUAACUACAAAGGUUUCAUUCGUGUCGCUCUUUAUGUUCUGUAUUCUGUACCGUGCACUUUCAGACAGGCAAUACGAAUUAAUCCGCCUUGCCGACGCCGCCAUUGACAUCUACAGUAAUAUGGCGGUCCUCUCUAGGGCUUCGUAUGUUCUGAAUCAAGAUAAGGAUGCUACCCAUGACCUGAAGAUAGCCCAACUAUACUCCCAGAAUGCCUCGAGACGAAUCCAGAAGAACCUCAAGGAAGCGAGUUCGGUCGGUUCCAAUGAAUUGAAUCUCAUUUCAACCAUUGCAAAACAAGUCACCGACAACGAAGGUCUUGUCCAUAAGCACAUCAUCGAUGUCUAG